AUGGCUGCCACACCUCAGCCCGGCUCGCAGGCGUCCCUGCGCGGCCUGGGAGCUGAGAGGCGCAGGUCUCUGAUGAACAUGUGGGCCGAAAAUCGCUUGGUCCUGUUUCUGCUCACCAUCCUUCUCAUGACACUGCUGUGCUACCAUUUGGGUUUCAAUUUCUCAAAUUCUGUGACUGAAAGUGAGGAUAUUCUGCGGAGCAGUGAAAAUCCUAAUGGACAAUCUCUGGAAAAAACUUACGCACGGAGAGCUCUGAUAAGUUUCUUCUUUCCCACAACAUGCAUUGUAAAGGAGAAUCAGGAAGUGGAGGCUUGCAAUAAUCUGCCAAAUCUUAACAAGAGUGCAUGUUUGGAAUACAGAUGCUGUUAUUCAUCAUUUGGGACCAAGAACUUCCGCUGUUUUGCCCCAUUAAGCAAUAAGCCUUUGCAGAUAUUCCGGAUGUUUGGAUUUGGUGUGAUUAGCAUGAUCAUCCUGGGAUGUCUGCCCAUUUAUUGCUUUUCUCUUCACUGUAGAAGCAAAUGGGUCUAUCCUUUACGAAGAAAAGCUAAAAGGAUUUUCAAGAAGUUGAAGAAACAAAGAAACAAACUAAAGAGGGAUGCUGAAAUGUUAAGGGCAGCAAUCGAAAAUGAGGAAGGAUUAAGUGAGGAAAAGGAACAAGAGGAUGAAGUUACAAAGAAGCAGAAGAGUGGAAUAACCAUUGAAUUUAGUAUCAGGAGACUCUGGCUCUAG